AUGUCUUUACACAAACUGGAUAAAAAAAGGUAUUCGGAUGAUGCCAUGUCAAGAGCUCUUAUUGAUGUAAAUUCUAAGACUCUGUCACUUAGAGCUGCCGCAAAAAAGUAUGGUGUACCUAAAUCUUCAUUAAGUGAUAGGUACACAGGAAAGGUACAAGAAGGCUCUAAAUGGGGAAGAAAGACAAUUUUCACCUAUCAAGAGGAGAGGAAUCUCAUUGAGCAUGCAAUGAAAAGGGCUGAUCUUGGUAUUGGAUUUACGAAAUCUAACUUCCUAAGAUUUGUAGGAAACUACGCAAAGGAAACAAAGGUUCCUUUUAACACUGCUGACGCCUCAGAAAAGUGGUGGCGUGGUUUCAAAUCGAGGCAUGCUGAUUUCUCACUACGUGCACCGGAAGCAACUUCCUCUGGCAGGCACGCAGCCAUGACCAGAGAAAGAAUAUGUAAAUACUUUGCUGCAUUGAAGGGUGUUUUGGAAGAAAAUAAAUUUGAAAAGUAUCCAGAAAGGAUAUGGAACAUGGAUGAGACAGGUCUCUCUUUAAGCCAUAAACCGGCAAAGGUCAUUGCAAAAAAGGGUGCCCGUGCUGUUCAAUCUAAAGUCUCUUUAAAUAGAGAACUUGUUACUAUUAUAGCAUGCGGAAACGCCAAAGGUCAAUGCAUACCCCCUCAUGUUAUUCUUCCGGGAAAGUCAGAAAGAGUCAUGAAGGGGUAUGACAUUGACUUUGCGCCUUUAGGAACAAAUCUAAGUGUUUCCGAAACAGGGUGGACCAAAGAAGGCAUUGGCCGCUUAUGGUUUCAAUCAACAUUUUUGGAACACAUUGGGAAUGAAAGGCCCCAGCUUCUGAUAUUCGACGGCCAUGCCUCACAUAAUCACAUGGAGUUCAUUGAAAUUGCGCGAAAGGAAAACAUCGUAUUAGUGGAAUUACCAAGCAAGACAAGUCAUUGGACACAGCCCUUUGAUAGAACUGUGUUCAAAUCAUUGAAAACUAAAUGGAACACCAACAUUCAAACUUUUAUGUCUGACACUGGUGUAUCUGUAGGACACGCACAGUUCUUUCGAAUGUUCACUAAAUCAUGGAAUGAAUCAAUGAAUGCCGACAAUAUUUCAAGUGGGUUUGUCUCUACAGGUAUAUGUCCAUAUAACCCAGGCGCAAUUCCCAAUAUCGCUUACACGCCAUCUGAUUUGUAUGUUGAUGAAAAUAAAUUAACAACACCCUCUACAACAAGAAAUCCUUGCUCAUCUGCAUGUAAUUCCAAUCAUACAACACCAAGCCAAGAUGACUCUCAGGCAGUCGGUCCUCAAGUUCCUCAUCCAAAUGUAUCUCAACCAUCACUCCCAUCAUCUCCACAUUCUAAUGUAGUUGUAGAAGCGUCAUGUGAAGUCCCUGUUCCAUUGCCUUUACCCGAUCAUGUAUCGUCGGAUACGCAGCAGCUAGAAUCAACUGUUUUCAGUUUUGAUGUUAUAUCAUCCGGUGCACAGGUUAUAGAUUUGCCAGCAAAAAUUGACAGUAGUGGGAAUCUUACUAUGGUUACAGAACAUGAAGCAAUAGAAUCAGUCUCAUCCAACGAAUCCAGUGUAUCUGAAUGUCCAACAGAUAUGGCACUGAGAGUUAUUGAGUCAGCUCUUACCGACGAUAUGAAAAAGAAAUACAGAGAAGCAUUUCAACAAGGUUUGUUUUAA